AUGUCGAUUAAUGCGACACCAACAUCAAGUCAUUGUAAAAAAACAUUAAAAUCAUCAUUAUCUCAACCAGAUAAUUAUCAAUAUUCAAGACAUUCAGUAAAAGAUUGUCAUAAUCAUUCAUUUUCAAAAAGUCGAACAAUGUCAAUUUCAGAAGAAACAUCUACUGAUUUACUUACAGAUUUAUCAUCAGUACCAUAUAAUGCAUAUAAACAAGUAAAUAAUAAAAAUAAUAGAAGAUUUAGUGAAUUAAAACCACCUUUAUUACAACAAACUCACGGAACGAAUACUGAACGACGUAAUUCAACUCCUCAAAUUAAUUUAAGUUUUUUAUUACCAUAUCCUUUUCGUUCGAAAAAACAUCAACAUAAAAAUACAAUAAAAGACGACACAAAUACAAGUGUUAAUACUUUUACCAACACUUAUUCACUACCGUACAACGAUAUGAUGACAAUGAAAUCUGAACAACCUUUUACAUCAUCUUUUAAAAAAAAAAUGUUAUUUACAAUAGUUAAAAUUGCUGUAUCAUUUCAUCGUAAAAAAAUUAAAAAUCAUUUUGAUGAUGUAUCUUUUGAUUCAAAUCAUCAAUUAACAAAAUCAUUGAAUAUACCUACGAAUAAUUUACGAACAAAUUUAUCAAUAAGUAAUGAUCGUUUAUCAUCAUCUUUCUAUGAAGAUUCAACAUCAUCUAUGUCAUCUAUAUCAUCACAAUUUACAUUGGGUGUAAAUCAAUAUGAACCACGAUCAGCUGAAAAACUUACAAUAGAAUUACAAACACCCUUAUGUAUUGCAGAAGUUUAUCGUGAACAAUUUUUUGAAUAUUUUCAUACAAAUUAUUAUGGUGGAUUUGAACAGGAAGGUCCAUUUGUUGCAUCACUUCGAUGUUUCAAUAACAAAUCAAUUCUAUCAGAUAAUACAUUAUAUUCAAUGGAUACGAAUACAUAUUGUCAAGCUCGAGCUAUUAUUCGUAUUCCAAGUCGUAAUUAUGAUGUAUCUGUAAUGGUUGAUGGAACAAAUGAAGAUAAUAUUCUUCAAAUAUUAUUUAAUAAAGCACAUUUAUCAGCAAUACAUACAUGUAAAGCUAUCGGUGAUCCAAAAGCAAAUGAAAAAAUUUAUUCAUUUGAUAAAUUAAAUGAUGAAAGACAAAAUUGUAAAAUUGGUGUUAUUUAUCAAGGUGUAGAUCAAACAAAUGAAUAUGAUAUAUUCAGUAAUGAUGAUGUAUCAGAUGAUAUGUCAAAUUUUUUAAAUUUAUUAGCUGAUCGUGUACGUUUAAAAGGUUUUAAUAAAUAUCGUGGUGAUCUUGAUAUAAAAGAUGAUUUGCAUGGAGACUCUUCAUAUUAUACAAAAUAUAAAAAUCAUGAAAUAAUGUUUAAUAUAGCACCAAUGAUACCAUCAACAAAAGCAAAUGGACAAUGUAUUGAACGAAAAAGUCUUGUUGGAAAUGCAUUUGUUUGUAUUGUUUUUCAAGAACAAGAUGCAGAAUUUACACCAGAUUUUAUUUCGGGAAAAGUUACACAAAUCUAUAUUACAGUACAACCUUGUAUAAUUGAUGAAAAUCUUUAUUAUAAAAUUGGUGUUUGGCAUCGUAAUGAUUUUACAUCAAUAAUUGAUCCACCCGGUGGAAUAUAUCAAUGUGAUCAAUCAUUUCGUGAUUAUUUUCUUACAUUAUUACUUAAUUCAAUAAAUGCUGCUAUUGAAUCACCAAGUUUACGCUUUCGUGUAGCUGAACAAAGACAACGAAUAAAACAUGAAGAACUUAAAAAACUUUUACAAAAUUUAUCUAUUGGACAAACUUUAGAUACAAUAACAGAAAUUGAAAAUAAUAAUUCUCAUGGAACUCAACAAUUUAAUUCACGAAGUGAUAGUUUUAUUAAUACAACAAAUGAUAAUACAAAUUCAAAUUCAAAUUCAAAUUCUGGUCGUACAUCACCUGUAUCAUCUACAAAAAAACGAGGUUUGUCAAAAAUAUUUGGUGUAUUAACUGGUCGAUCAGGUUCUAUAUCAUCACCAUCACCAGCAUCUAUACCUUCAAAUCCAAUAAAUUCUAAUACAUCACUUAUUAAUUCAACUUCAAAUGAAAUAAAUACAACACAAAAUCGAGCACUUCCAACAGCAAGUAAAGAAUCUGAAAAACGUCGUUCAUCUAUGAAAUAUCGUCCAGCACCACCACCGCCAAUUCAAUCUCAGUUAACUACUCCACCACCACAAGUUAUUAUAUCCACACCACCACAAGUUAUUAUAUCCACACAACCACCAGGUCCACCUGUGCUAUCACCAUAUUCUAUUGAUUCAAGUAAUGGAAAUUUAUCAUUACAAAGUAAUUUUUUAAAUCCAACCACAUUGGAAGAAAUUAUACGUAAUCGAUCAAAUUCAUCGCCAUUAGAGAGUAUUAAUACGACGACUAAAAUUCCUUUAACAAGUGUAUCAAAAAUAAAUGUAGAAAAUGAUAGUACAACAAAUAGUUCGAUAGAUGAAGAUUAUGAUGAAGAAUUAAUUGAAGAUGAUAAAAUUGAACAUCGUCAAACACUAACUGACCAUCCACUAAUAUUAUCAUCAAAUAUAAAUUCAUAA